CCCAAAUUUGGUUUGAGCCUUUAGUAUCUUAUCUCCCUCUGUUUCUCUGUGGCUCCUCCUUGUUGAAUUCUCAGGGGUCCUCUGCUCCUCUCUCUUGCAGCGGAGUCCUUUAAACAUGAACACCUUAACUUCAACAUCCCUCUGCAAUUAUCAAGUUUCAAGAUUUCCUUCUAACAUUUCAAACCAGAGAAACAUAUCACCCUUUAAUACUUCAUUUCCUACCAAAAUCUGCUUCAAAGUUUAUGCCAAUGCCAAUGCCAAUGAGUUAGAAGCUGAACAGAAACAAGAGCUAGAAGCUCAACCAAAGGAAGCAACCAAGCCUUCUACUAUAUCAGCUACUGCACCACUUGAUAAGGACCUCAAAAAGGUUGUUCAGAAGACUGCUGCAACAUUUGCACCAAGGGCUUCAACAGCAAGCAAAAACCCGGCAGUGCCUGGUUCCGUCUUGUACACCGUUUUCGAGGUUCAAGCUUAUGCCUGCAUGCUCUUAGGUGGAGUUCUGUCUUACAAUCUCAUAUUCCCAUCAAAUGAACCAGACCUUUGGAGAUUAAUGGGAAUGUGGUCCAUUUGGAUGUUUACAAUUCCUUCACUGCGUGCCCGAGACUGCUCGAAAAAUGAGAAGGAAGCUCUGAACUAUCUUUUUCUCCUUGUUCCAUUACUCAACGUGACAAUCCCAUUUUUCGUCAAGUCGUUUGCAGUUGUUUGGUCUGCUGAUACCGUAGCCUUCUUUGCCAUGUAUGCGUGGAAGUUGGGGUGGCUACAAAGAGAAGACUAGGAAUCCAAAUUACUUGCUUUCUUCAGAGAACAUAGGCAUAUAGCCUUGUAUAAAUUUUCUGAAUGAUGAUGGCCCCUAGUACAAGGAAGAUUGUACAUUUUGAGGACAUACUGGCGCUUUCCUCAGUUGCAGGGCGAGAUAGCAGAAUUUUUUGGGAUAUUAACAAAUGAAGAUAUAGUGAACAAAGUAGUGCAAUGAUCUGUUUGUAUAUACAAUGUCAUGAAUACUAUUUUCCAUACAUGUUCUUUGCUCUUGUUCUG